AUGACCACGUCGUCGGCAUUCUUCAUAAUCUGUGCCUGCAUGGUGGCAGUUCUUCUCGUUUCGGAGGCUGAAGCUAUGUUUCUUCCCAAGAGGGGGUCGGCACCUUACCCCACCAGAGAGAGAGUGUUCAUUGAACCGGACAAACGUCCUUUCUGUAAUGCCUUUACAGGCUGCGGUAAGAAACGAUCCAAUUUACCAGCCCUAACUGACAAGGGUGAGGAGAUGGACGAAACCAUAAACAGUCUACUAGAACUGAGCGCAGAACCGGCAAUUGAGGACCUCUCUCGACAGAUCAUGUCGGAAGCGAAGCUCUGGGAAGCUAUACAGGAAGCGAACGUGGAACUGAACAGGCGCAAGCAGCAGAACUCGGUUGAAAGCACGGAAGAUGACGUGGCAGUGCCAGCCAAGAGCGCCACAGCCAGUUGCGCUUUGCCUCCCUGCUAUAUCUAA